AUGGAGGGAAAAUCAUGUCUGCGAUGGGGUAUUCUGGCCACAGGACGAAUCGCCGAGAAUUUCGCAAAGGAUCUUCUUAUCGACCCGACGACCAGAGAGGUCACCGACGUUGCCCACGCCCUCAUCGGCGUCGCUUCCUCUCGCUCUGAAGAAGCAGCAAGCGCCUUUCUCGACAAAGUCCAUGCACCGUCAUCCUGCCGGGCAUACGGCAAUUAUGGAGACCUGGUCAACAGCUCCGAAAUCGACAUACCGGGAAGCACUGUCCUAUGCGAGAAGGCUCUGACGGUAAACGCGCAGCAGGCCAAGAAGCUCUUUGUCACUGCUGUGCAGAAGCAGCUGUUCCUCAUGGAGGGCCUGUGGACGCGGUUCCAGCCAGCUGGCGUGCAAGUUCGCCGUCUCCUCCGGGACGGUACGAUUGGAGUCGUCACCCGCAUCUUCGCGGACAAUAGCUUGGGGAUGAACCCUUGCAACUUUCCAGCUGAUGACCGAAUGGUGAAGAAAGAGCUGGCGGGCGGUGCACUGUUGGACUUGGGCGUCUACUCCAUUCACUGGGUGCUACAGGCGCUGCAAAACGAAAACCGCCGUCCAACGGAGAUCUAUUCCAUCAUGAGCAAGUACCCUGCCACUGGCGUCGAUGAAACGACCACCAUCAUGAUGAAGUUUCCAGCUGCCACCGGAGACGGGCCUGAGGUGCACGCCAUUGCCGCCGCAAGCCUGCGCGCCGCGACUAAUUCAGAUGGUAAGGGCCCUGCAGUGCGCAUCCAGGGCGAUCGAGGAGAGAUACAGAUCUUCGGAUGGCCCUGGUGUCCAUCCAAGCUGCGUGUCGUCCAGCGAGAGCAAGGCUUCGGCAACGUGGGAGUCGCCCGUGAGUUAACUAACCUCAUCCCUGGCGGCGCACACGGGCUCUGCUUCGAGGCAGACGAGGCGGCGCGCUGUAUCCGCGAGGGUCGACUGCAAAGCGCCGAGAUGCCCUGGGCCGAAAGUCUGGUCGUAAUGGAGAUCAUGGAUGCGGUGCGCAAGGAGAUGGGUCUGUCGUUCCCAGAUGAGAUUGAAUCUCUGGCGUAUCCAGUGGAAUUGCAUUCUAAGCUCAAUUAG